AGGAGCCAGUUGUUGAUUCUACGCUGCAAAGAGAAGGCGCCGCACACAGAGGUGAAGGGACUGUUUGCAGUGAAGAAGAGGUCUAAAAUGAUGAAGGACACUCAGCCAGUCCAGGGCUAACUCAGACCAAGGGAACUGCAGUGGAGGUGGAGGAGGAAGAGGGGAGAGAAGACUGAAGAGAGACAAAAUAAAUCACAUGACCCGGCCUCGGAAAGGCUCCAAAUUAGUGAUGUUCCCCUCGGGCAGGGAUUACCUCCUCCCCGUCGUCUACCUCUCCAUCUCUCCCGCUCUUCCUCCCUCGCACAGCAGAGCAGCCGCCCAGCUCCAAGACUCUGAGCCGUGAGCGCUUGCUGUGCUCACCCGCCCACACACAAACUCACACAAACACACACACACACACACACACUCACACACGCUCCCUCUCUCUGGCACACACAAACGCACGCUUUCGCAUCCUGCCCAUGGUCGUUGGCCUGUCCUCCUCAGCUGCUGCUCCUGCUCUAGUCCCUGACCAUGAAGAGGCCCAAGCAGCAGACGGGGCCGCUGAGCUUCCUGAACUUCUUCAGCAGGAAGCCCAAAUCGGAGCCAAAGCCCGAGAGGCCUGUGGAAGCGUGGCCCAGAGAGGAGGUGGCCAUCACGCUGACCCCGAGCGAGCAUCCAGAGCAGGACCUCAGCAUCACAGCAGAAGAGGCUGGAGAAUCAAGAGUUUCUGGAGGAGAAAGAGGAGAAGGAGGAGGUCCGCCAGCAGCGGCUGAGGCAGGCGAGGAAGGUGCCGCCACGGCCGAGUGCGUGGGAGGGGCCAGCAGCGGCUCCACUGGCGUCCUGUCCCUCUCCUCCUCCAGCCAGGAGCAGCUAUUGGAUGAACACCUGGAGGAGUGCCCACUGUGCCUGCUCAGUCAACCGCGUUGCCACUUCCCACGACUCACCUCCUGUUCCCACCGAACGUGCUCUGACUGCCUCCGCCAGUACCUGCGCAUCGAGAUAUCAGAGAGCCGGGUGGGCAUCGCGUGCCCGCAGUGCCCUGAAACACUGGCACCGCUGGAUGUUCGUGCCAUCCUGGAUGACCGGGCGCUUCUGGAGCGGUUUGAGGAGUACCAGUUGAGGCGUUUCCUGGCUGCUGAUCCAGAUACGCGCUGGUGCCCUGCGCCUGACUGCAGCUAUGCAGUGAUAGCUUACGGCUGUGCAGAGUGUCCCAAGCUGAGCUGCGGCCGCGAGGGAUGUGACACAGAAUUCUGCUACCACUGUCGGCAGCUGUGGCACCCCAACCAGACGUGUGACCAGGCCCGGCGUCAGCGAGCCCGCCACACCUCAGGCGGCACCGAUGCCUCCACGCUGUACGUCUUCAAUGAAGAACCCGGAGGAGAUGCAGAGGAGAUCAAAGCGUGCCCUCGCUGCGGUGCCUACAUCAUGAAGACCAAUGAUGGCAGCUGUAACCGUAUGAACUGCACUGUGUGUGCCUGUCAGUUCUGCUGGCUGUGUAUGCAGGAGAUCACCGACGUGCACUACCUCAGUCCCUCAGGAUGUACAUUCUGGGGGAAGAAGCCAUGGUCUCAAACCCGCAAGGUUCUGUGGCAGGUGGGCAUGUUGCUCGGAGCACCAGUGGUCAUCUCCCUAAUAGCGGGCAUCGCCAUCCCAGUCAUCAUUGUGGGCAUACCAAUCUACAUGGGCCGCAAGGUCCAUGGUCGCUGUAAGAAAAACAAUAUCUCAGGAAGUAAGCACUACUUGACUGUGGCAAGUGGGGUGAUGAUGUCAGUGUUUGUGUCGCCGGUCAUAGCAGCUGUCACUGUGGGUGUGGGUGUGCCGUUAAUGCUGACUUAUGUGUAUGGGGUCGUCCCCAUGUCGCUCUGUAGGAACGGCUGGUGUCGACCGCAGAGUGAGCCGCCUGAAACACACAAAAUACAACUGGAGGACUUAGCCAGCUAUCUUCUAUUCUCUCAUGUAGUCAGUGACCACUGGACGGGUCAGAACAACCCAACGCCCAGCGACACCAGCGUCCAGGAAGUCAGAGUCAGUGUACAGGAAGUGGGCGUCCUCCCCAGUACGAGCACCACGCCCCCUGAGCUAGAUAGCUAUGAGGAAUUGGAUGAAGCCACUAAACACCACGGAUACGCCCAGCAGGACAGCCAAUCAGACUGCGAGGUGGUUAUUGUGCCUGACAGCAAGCCUGAUGACAUGCAAAUGCUUCCUUCGAGGGAAGGAACCAAUAUUGAGGUCCGUGUGGAAAUUGAGACCCAUCCCAGAGGCGCCCGCCAGUCCAGCCUAAGUAGCAUCCUGUCUAGCCGAAGCUUGUCAGUGGAGUCCCUGGGACACUCGCAGUCCCAGUCCCAAGACUACCUGUGUGCCUCAGAAGAAAGACGAGAGCGGGGAGGAGGAGAAGGAGAGGAGCAGGAGGGAAGAGAGAAACCAGGAGGGGAAGCAGGAACAUACGAUGGGACAGCUUACCCAGUCUUUGAAGUAGACGGUAUAUGAGGUCCUCCAAUGCAGGCUUUGUACUUGGUUGAAGAUUAGUCAGGUUUUGUGGAAAUAAACAAAUCCAUGAGCUGACGCGUCACUGCAUUGACCCGAAAAUCGUUGGCCAAGGCCGCCUCCUGCUUCCAAGACAGGCCCUCCCACCAGUUGCCUUCUAGCUCCAGCCUCUAAGGAAGAUGCGGGUUUAGAGAGAGCAAAUGAAAAAGUGUGUGAGUGUGUGUAUGAGACAAAUAGCAUGAGACUGUGACAUAUACAUCGGAGGGGGAUAAACUGUUAAAGCAGAAAGGAUAGCAUCCGUCAAGGAAUCUAAAACAGAAGUGACUGAGAGCAUGUUAGCGGACUAGUUCAGUCUGUUUUUUUUCUAUGUUGUCCUUUCUGAAAGAGACUACCUUACACCCCCCUCUCUCAUAAAUCUAUUUCAUGAAGCCCUCUCCUGUCUGGCUGUACUCUUACACUUCUUUUAGUGACCUCACCUCCCUCUUUCUGCUCCCUUAACAAAUAAAAACUCCCCCACAAGCAUGAUUUGUUUUAUGGGGUUUAAAAAUCUAACAACUGUCGUGUCAGCAAGUAAAUAUCACAUGCUCCCCAGGCAACGAUGCAAGACAGUAGGGGUGAUUUAUUUUCUACCUGAAAGCAUAUCUCCAGUAUUUUAAGAUGCAGUGGUCACACCUGAAUUGGACAACUUAAAUUAAACGACGCAUGCUGCACUGUUCGAUUACACUUUUGUGAACCAGUUGAAAGUGACAUCUGGAAACUGUUGAAGCCUGUAACUGUUGUUCUCUAUUGGAGUAAAAGGUGCUCUGUGACAUUACAGCAGUGACUGAAUCGAUUGGAUGGCUCAUAAACACCACUAAUUAUUACUAUUAAUCUGAAAUCCACAGUCUUCCAUGGAAGCAGACAGGAGGCAAUGUCACUUUCGCAUUGUUUUAGUCCAGCCUUCAAGAGGGAAUUCUCUUUCACCAGAGAGGGAGACAUUGCUUUAGUUUGUAAAAAUGCUCAUUCUAAUGCAGAUACCUGCACGCAUCGGUGACAACAUGGCAGCAACACUGCAGUCUUUUACUGAAGAGUCUUAAAUUUAAAAGUAGCUGCAUGAUUCUGCUCUUUGCUGUGUAUCCAGGAUAAACACUCACGCAGAUUCACACACUCACUCAUACACACACACACAUAUAUGCCCACAUGCACAGCAGUCGGUGUAGUUGCAGUAGUGUGCGCUGCUGAGAGCAUUAAAUAUAAACUAAAGACCCUCUCAAAUGAUCACAGAGCACCAAAAUUACAACAGCAGCAUGCCACCUCAGGCUAAACUCUAAUAACCCCUACUAGAUGAUUUAUGAGAAAUACAUGAUUAUACAUGCUCUGCUUAGCUUCCUGAGUGUGAAAUACUUGUGAGAGUUGAACUCGGACAUGACAUGAUAACCUGUGCUGGGUUGUGGAGAGAAAUUGAAUAAAGAUUUCACCAUGAAGGACAAAAACACAA